UCAUCACGUCUGUAGAUACGAAUUUUUCUCACUCAACUUCGGAUUCGGAGCACAUGUAACAUAUUAUAACAUGUUGCUUUCGGAUUGUUUUCUAUGAACCGUUUAAAGUUGUGUUUAUUUUCUCAGUAAAAACGAUUAAGUACAGCUGCUGUAUUUUUUUUUCAACAGAUUAUAAUAUUAUAUAUUAUAAUAUUUUCUUACCUUAGACUCUAGAAGUUUCGAAUAGAUAAACAAACAAAAAACGUAGCUACUUAAAAUGGAUUUUUGUCACACAGAUGAAGAGAAAAUAGAAGAAGAGAAAAAGAGCUUCCAACGAAUCAUAACAGCAUUUAUGUUUUACAGAAUUCAUUCUCUGAACAGAAUCGCCAAGACUAUAAACUACUUGAAAUCAUUACCAGAACAACAUCAAAGACUAUUGAUUAACUACAAUAACAGUUUGGAAACUAUAAGGCAUUGCGUAGAUUAUAAUUAUAAUGUUAUUUUAGAAAUGAUUAAAGAUACUGCAUAUUUGUUUGAAAAUCAAAAUACUCCUAGUCUAGAUGGUUGGCAUUCAACUGAUGAGUACAAACCAAUUGAAUCUGAUUUAGAAAAAGUCCAGUCAACUCUGAAACAGUUUGUACGAGACUGGAGCACUGAAGGAAUUGAAGAACGUAACACUUGUUAUAAACCUAUAAUUGAUGAGAUUUUAAAAGAAUUUCCAUUAGAAUCUGUUCAACCUUCUGACAUUAAAAUUUUGGUACCUGGUGCUGGCCUUGGAAGAUUGGUGUUUGAAAUUGCCAAACUGGGUUACACAAGUCAAGGAAAUGAGUUUUCUGUGUUCAUGUUAAUAGCAUCAAAUUUUGUAUUAAACAGAUGUCGAGGUGUUAAUAUGUAUGUUCUUUAUCCGUGGAUUCAUCAGUGUGAUAACAAUUUAGAAACUGAACACCAAAUGCAAUGUAUCUCAUUUCCUGAUAUCAAUCCAGCAAAAGAGUUACCACAAAAUGCACAUAUAUCAAUGGCUGCUGGUGACUUUUUACAAGUUUACACAGAUAAAGACGAAUGGAAUUGUAUUUCCACAUGUUUUUUUAUUGAUUGUGCCAACAAUAUAGUUGCAUUUAUUGAAACUAUUUAUAAAAUACUUAAGCCUGGUGGCAUAUGGGUCAAUUUAGGGCCAUUAUUGUAUCAUUAUAGUAACGUGUUUGAUCAAAAUUCUAUUGAACCAAGUUACCAAGUUAUUAAAGAAGUGAUUAAAGGGAUUGGUUUUCGGUUUGAAAAAGAAAUUUUAAAUGUGCCCACCAAGUAUGCACAAAAUCCACAGUCUAUGCUACAGUACGAGUACAAAAGCGUAUAUUUUGUGUGUCGCAAACCCAAAUUUCCACUUACAUUAGCACCUUCAACUUCUGAAAAUGAAAUUAACGAAAACGGAAUAGGUUUCUUACUUGAUGAUGAAGAAGAAGUCAGCUCAAAAGAUUUCCGAGGUGAUAAUGAUGAUCAAGAUGCAGAAGAAACCAAUUGAAAACUUAAUCAAUAAAGACUUAAUUUUAAAUAUUAAGAUAUUGUGAUGAUAAUAAAUAAUAAUAUUAAUAUCGUAA